AUGUCAGAUUUUCAAGAGGCCACACCUGCUAGUAGUUCCAAAAGAAGAAGAAAAGAAGUUAUCAAAUCACCAGGUAAUCCAGUGGAUGACACAAUUUUCUUUCACAGAACAAAACUAACGACACUGUUCAAAAUCAAUAAAGACUUAACUCUUAGCCAGCGUCGUAAUUUAGAUAAGGUGGUUUUCGUUGGUCAUGUGGCUAGAUCAUUCCCUCUUGUCGGGAAACAAUUGCAUACUGGAUCUCCCUUUUUAGAACAAUGGAGCCAGCAAGAGAUUUCUAGAGAAAUUGAUGUGUUUAAACACAUGGGAGGUUUUGAUGCGAAUUUUAUUUGGAAAUUUAAUGAGCAGUCGGGUGGAUUAAAGAUGGAUGAAAGCGUCUCCAAGGAAUCUGUUCAGCGUGACUCAACCACAGAUCCAAUAGUAAGAGACGAUCUCAUUGAUCACCUAACCCUUGUUAAUCAGGGUGUAUCUGGCAUAAUAUCUUUGCUGAAAUGCAAUCGGGACACACCCGUUAAUUGUGGACAAGAUGACAAUAGAAUGGGAACUAAAAAUGGAAAAGACCCGAUGACUGGGCAGAAGAAGAUUGCUUCUGAAAAUGGAAAAGAUAGGAUGACAGGCCAGAAUGUUGCCUGUGAAAAUGGAAAAAAUAGGAUGACUGGCCAGAAGGGUGCCUCAGAAGAAUCGUUUAACGAGACAAUGAAACCCACCAAACUGGAUUUUGAUGUUUGCUCUCUGGAUAUAUACACUCCCGCUCGGUCUUGCAACACGGGAAAAUACAUCUUUCAAUAUUUUAAAGAAAUAACGAUUAUGGAUACAAAUGCGUCCGAAUACGUUUUCAAUCGUGACGGGGAUGUUUCAGCAGAGAUGUUAACCAUUGAAUAUCCCCACUGGUUGUUAAGUCCCGUCAUUGAUAUGGUUGCCCUUCAUGUGACAUUGAACCGGACUGAAGAAUAUAGUAGUAAACGCAACUGGGUUUUACCGCCAUCUUUCAGUGGCAUGGCUUUGUCGUUGCAUAAGGACGCCUUGAUUCAAAAAAGGUUCUUUCGAGAUAGAGUAUUCAAUGGUCGUGCUGACGAAUGUUUGAGUAUAACGUUGACGAUAUCGGAUGGCAAUAUUCAUUGGUACAUGUGUAUUGUUGAUAUGAAAAGAUCUGUUAUUCUAAUACGCGACACCUUACGUUCGGAAGUUACAAAUAAGUGGAGGAUUGAACUGGCGAAGAAAGUGGGGAUUAUCUCUGCGUGGGAUGGGGAUGGGUUCAUUCAUGAAAAUAUCGCCAACACGUUCAAACCAAUUAUCGACCCAAUUGUUCCCCAACAACCGAAUGGAGGAGGCAAUGGAGUCAGCAAUGGCCAGUCCUAUGACUCGUGUACAGUAACUAUGGAUACCCUCUAUAGACUAUUGUGGUUUGUCGGAAAUCCACCGUCCGAAGAUGCUGAGGCUCUUUACUAUGGUUAUCAACCUGAUAGCGAUGAUUCAUCUUAUGACAUUCCGAUUACGACGACUGAUGAAUUACGAAAUCAUGUAUCGAGUUACGUACCCAUUGGUCGGGUGAUAAUUCAUAUCGAAGUUGUUUGGGUCCAAGGGUACAAGGAGUGCUAUUGUCGCCAACUUGCGGUCAUUCGCACAUCGUGGACAUCGGAAAAUCCUAGAAGGCGAUUCAGUUUUUGCAAAUUAUACAAGGAAGGAGGUUGUAAUUUCUUUUCGUGGAUCGAUGGUCCAAUGUGCAAUCGUUCAAAGCAAUUAAUUAACGGGCUUCUUCAGAAAUCAAACGAGUUACGUGAUCGAGUUCAACAAUUGCAAGAUGAAAACGACAAGAUGAAGGAGGAAAAAGGAUUGUUGGAAAUCAAAUACAAUAAUCUACAGAAAGCACAUCAGACAAGGGGAAACACCACAAUGUUUUUGCUUUUUGCAGUCGUUUGCAUCGUUUUGUGCUGUUUUUGUUAUGAUAAUGGACAAACCGAAUUUUCGGGUGAAGAAAGAUCAAUUGUUCCGAGAAUGUCAAUGGAUAUUUCAGAAGUCAAUACAUUUAUCAAAAUCAUUCAUCCAGAAGUUCAACAUGUUCUGUUUAUUCCUGAUAAAAUUGCUGCGAAUUUCGAUGGCUACCUACCGCUGUAUUGUACAUUCCAUAGCGAUGAAAUUGACAGUGGACCAAAAUGGGAUAUGAAAGUGGAGCAAAUUGGUGAUAGGAUUGGUUUGACUGAGGGAUGGGUUGAUUUCAGCAUUCAAAAUGAUAUUAAAUGGGCUGAUUUUUUGGCUUUCAAAUUAGUCAAACCGAACAACUUUGUUUUUUACCACUUCGAUCAUUACUGGACUCAAAAGAAUCAGCCUAUCCCCCCUAUGAUUUGGAGCACUGUCGAACCUUUGCUUCCAAUUGAAUGCACCUUGCAGAACAGCGAGGGGGAUGAUGCAUUCAAAUGGCCGGUUGUAAUCAAGCGUCUUGGAACGAAGAUUGGGUUUGCAGAUGGAUGGGAGGACUUUUCGAGGGAAAAUUAUGUUAAAGCAAAUCACAUCCUUCUUUUUGAACUUGGAGGCCCAAACAGAGCCCUUAGAUCUGUUGUUGGAUCUUGCAUUCAAGAUGAUGAGGAAUUGGAUGAGAUGGAAAAGGAAGCUAUUGUUGGUGGGUUCCAUAUACAGGCUUCCUUCACUCUUGUUAGCCGCGGCCGUCAGACGAUUCCAUCUGCAUACUGGAAUCAAGAGUUGAUGGGGAAAUAUGAUGAAGUUGAAUCUGCUCGUAUUCGUCAUGGGGGCAAGCAAUAG